CAUGUCUCGGCUCGAUGAAGUAGGCAGCUGAAGGCCCAGUCUGCAUACCUGGUGAUGCGAUAGCUGCACAGCAUGGUGAAAGAGACCAUAUUUUGGCUUUUUGGCUACCGACGAUGUGAUUAUUGUUACGAGUUCAGCAACUCCGGCUGGUGUGACAAUGAAGGCUGGUGGUAUUGCGAAGAGUGCCAAAUGAACUGUGUGAUGGAUGUGUGGAGCGAAGACCCUGUGCCUGCUGAAUCGUGGCUUCAAUUUGGCUCUCGGAAAGUUCGGCAGCUCCCUGGUGUAGCAGCUUCUCAACUGUUCACGUGUGGAUGCGAAUUGGUGAAGCUUAGUGGACAAGUUGGUUGGAUGGGUGGCCAUCUGCUGGUCUACACAUCUGGUGCCGCCUUCCGCCUGGCUCGUAGCAAAAUGUUAAGCACAGGCGGCCAGACUGAAGAGGAGCGUGAAAAGGCAUUGGCCGAUUUCGAUGAACCUUGGGUGGUCGUAGUGGUAGGGGGCAGCUUCGUGCCUGGCGAUCCCGUGGAAGUGUGCUGCAAGAGCGGGAAAGGCUGGCGUGGGAUCGUGAAGUCCAAAAAGCCUGAAGGCACUUACACCGUGGAGGAUGAGUGGAAAGAGAUUCACACCGUCUCUGGAGAGCAUCUGAAAGUUGAUAGCUGGACAGCGCCCGCAUUGUGAACCUGCACCACUCUUGACAGUGAGCAGCAGAAGCUACUGCCUACAUUUGCCUACCUGUUGCAUUACGACUGCCUUCGACUUUGACACGCAAGUGACCCUAUUUUCUGUAUUUGUUGGAAUCCUGUAAUCUUGUAAGCUUGUAAGCACGCUGUCCUGCCCGUCUUAUCUCC